AUUAUUUGCUUGGUUUUGUUUACUUUUAUUGUUUCAGUUUUUGGGUUUUUUUUCUGCUGUCUUACUCUUAAGCAAGCUCCUAAAACCACCUUCAGUUUGCUCUCCUAGGACUAGCACUACAGAAUUUCCUUGUUAUAAUGUUACACUUACUGUUAUAGUUCUGAAAUUCUUAUUCCCAAAAUCAGAAGUAUUUUUACAAGGAAACUGGGCUUAUAAUUCCUUCUGUUGUUGGCACCACUUAUCAGGUUAGAUUAUUAAACAUAACUGACGUGUGUGAGAGAAACGUGGAGAAAGUCCCAGAGGAUCUUAUGAUCGGGUAUUUAUAGUGAGCUAUUAAUGGACAUGGGCUCUGCAGAGAUUAUUUACAAUCCUGAAAAUGUCACUUUCAGCUUAAUAAUCACUUCUUCAAAGGCUGAGAUUUUUCCCUCUUCCAGAAGGUGAGGAAACCCAGUAUAUUUUCCAAAUUUUAUAGGAAAAUUAGUAGUAUUUUUAGGAGAGAAAGUAGUCUAGACAUAAAAUAUUUAUGUACUCACUGAGCCAUGGUAGAAUCAACUACUAACAGUUUCAUGCUGUGUAUGUUGCUAAUAUAUUUCUCUUUUUUGCUACAUAUGCAGUUACAGAGCAAGGCUUUGCAAUCUCACAUUAGGUGGAUCAGGUAACAAAUUAAAUUAUGCAGAUUUGCUGUGAAUUACUGCUGCCCAACUUUAAGAUGUUUCUAGAAUUAUUCCAAGCUUUGUAGCUGGCAUGUUGACAACUUCCUUAAAUUUCCUGUGCUCAUUCAUUGUGCAAAGUUAUUUAUUAGCUUUCAGUUUUAUUUAUUAAUUUUAUUUUACCGUGCCCUAUAGUUUUGUUUUGUUUUUUCAGGCUAUCUUUCUUGAAAGACAGAAGUAGGAGUUUUGAUAAGGUGAAACAGAUGAGAAUUUUGAGCCUAACAGAACAUCUGAGAACUUGAAUAUGCCAAGAACAGCAUGACUGCUUAAGCAUAUAACAGUGUAGUCAUUUAUUUUGAUACUGACACAGUGAUUGCUAUUUUUAUUACUCCAGAUCUAACCUGAAGAUUUAACGUGUCUGCUUCUAAUUAAAAAGCAGUGUUUCCCUACAGAAGUGAUCCAUGUUGUGCUGAUUUGCCAUGAAUAAUUCUGUGUAUAUGAUUGAUGGUGAUUCUGAUGAGGAGAUCUCUACCCAGCGAGCUAUUCAGGAAAGCUUACAAGAUAGGCAUAAAUUUGAAACAAGUGGCAGUGCAACAGAGGUUGAAAGUUUGCAGUAUACCACAAGUAAAGAACAUGGGCAGAUCAUUGCAGCAAUUCGGACAGGCCAAGAGGAGGCCUUGAAGAAGCUGGUGAGGCACAGUUCUGCUUUUGAAGAAGCAGAUCAGCAAGGCUGGCUUCCUGUGCAUGAAGCUGCAGCACAGCUAAAUAAGAACAUCCUUGAAAUAACUUUAAAAGCCUCCCGUGACAUUACGUGGGAACAAUCCACCCUGGAAGGGGAAACACCUCUCUUGGUGGCAGUAAGAAAUUGUUUUGUGGACAAUGUCCAGUUUCUCCUGCUCAAUGGCUGCAAUCCCAAUAUUAAAAAUGAAGAGGGAGAUUCUCCUUUAGUUAUAGCAAUUAAACUGGAUUCCUAUGACAUCGCCUCCUUGUUGCUGCGAUGUGGUGCCAGAGUGAAUUUGCGUUGUGUCCAUGAGAGAACUGCUCUGCAUGAGGCAGCCAGACUGGGCAGGAAGGAUCUGGUGCAGCUUCUCCUGGAUGCUGGAGCAGAUCCUGACCCCCGCAGUGGAUAUGGGCUCACACCUUUAGCACUGGCUGCACAGAUGGGACAUACAGAAAUUAUGGAGCUCUUACUGCAAAAAGGUGCAGAUGUUCUUUCACAGGCAAAGGAUUGUGCUUCUAUAUUGUUUGAAGCAGCAGGAGGAGGAAAUCCAGAUUCUGUGAGUCUUUUACUAGAAUAUGGGGCUGAUGCCAAUGUACCAAAGCACUCGGGUCAUUUGCCAAUCCACAGAGCUGCAUAUAGAGGACACUUUCUAGCUCUAAAAUAUUUAGUUCCAGUGACUGAUUUUGCUGCUAUUAAGGAAAGUGGCAUAAGUCCAGUUCACUCAGCAGCAGCAGGAGCACAUCCUCAGUGCCUUGAGUUUCUCCUCCAGUCGGGUUUUGAUGCCAAUUUUAUGCUGGCUCAGAGAGUUCGCAAAGGCUACGACGACCACCGGAAAUCAGCCCUGUACUUCGCUGUUUCCAACGGGGAUAUCUGCUCGGUACAGCUGCUGCUGAACGCCGGAGCCCUGACUAACCAGGAUCCCAUCAACUGCCUCCAGAUAGCCUUGAGGAUGGGCAACUACGAGUUAAUGAAUCUGCUGCUCCGCCACGGCGCCAACGUCAACUACUUCUGCCGCGUGAACACCACGCACUUCCCCUCAGCUCUGCAGUACGCCCUCAAGGACGAGGUCAUGCUGAGGAUGCUGCUGAACUACGGCUACGACGUGCAGCGCUGCUUCGACUGCCCACUGGGCAGCGGGGCCCACACCCAGUACGUGACCGACGGCUGGACCUCCACCGUUAUCAAAGACACCAUGUUCUGUGAAGUGAUAACCUUGUCCUGGCUGAAGCACGUGUCUGGGAAAGUAGUGCGAAUCAUGUUGGAUUACGUCGAUCAUGUUAAGAUUUGCUGGAAGCUCGAAGCAGUUCUCAAAGAACAGGAACUCUGGCCAGACAUCCAUUACAUUUUAUCAAAUCCUCGCCCUCUGAAGCACCUUUGCCGUCUGAGGAUCCGGGCAUGCAUGGGACGGCUGCGUCUCCGCUGUCCUGUCUUCAUGACCUUCCUUCCACUGCCAAACUGCUUAAAAGACUACAUCCUGUACAAGGAAUAUGAUCUUUAUGGACAGGAGAACUUCACAGGGAUUUACAACCUCAACUGUGCAUAAGUAUUAGUCCUGUACUUUGAAGGGAAUGUAAUGUGGAUAAGACUGUUACGCUUCUUUCUUUUGGGAUUUUCUCUCCUCUGUGUAUUAAGGAAUGCCAGUGCUCUUCCCUCAGCCCCUGAAGAAAAUGGCAAGUACCCCAAAAAGUAAGUAUUGGUGAUCCCAUUCUAAGGAUCUCCUGGACUAUGACCUAUCUGGACAUUAUUCCAACAGUAUUUUUAAAUGCCUAGUGUGACGAGUUAAGGAAGUAUAAAAUACAAGGCUGCAGGCCUUGUGUUAUGGUCAGGGUAAAGCCUGACAUAUCUGAUACCACUACCCCCAUUCCAGGGUUAAACUCAGGGUUUAGUUAAAGGUCAGGGAUUUGAUUAAAACCAGGAAGGGAUGUAAUUUUUUCUUGUACUUCUUCCCUUCUCUUGACAAUAAGUAGUUCUUAUUUGUGAAGUCCUACAGUGACGUUCUGGAGAGCAGCUUAAGUAAUUCUUCUCUUUACCCAAUAAAGCAAUCCCCCAUUCUAGACAAUGAAAUGGGAUCAAGCUUGAGAAACCUCUGCUUAUCACAGCAGGUAAUGUGACAUACCAAUGUUUCAAGCAGGUGGCACUGCUGAAAGCUGUGUUAGUUCUGCAGCUCCUUCUCAGGUACUUGGAUGUCUCAUCCACCAUGAACUUGGACUAUUCUCUCUAGUACUGGGUUUUCCUUACACAGUGGUGUCCAAAGCCAUGCUUGCAAUUUUUGGAGUUUCUCUCUAUAGAGGUGGAGCUUAAACUUUUGGAACCUUGUCAUUUUAGGAAGUCUACAGCAGUCUUAGACCUACAGCAUGCCUGAUCCCACUAAAAAUACUGCAAAUAUCAGUUCCUAUUUUAGAAGAAAAGAACUUCAUCAACACAUUUGGCAUUAGUAGUAUUUAUUCCUUCAUAAUCAAGUAAGCAUAGAUGUUUUUUACUAGUUAUACAUGCAUCUUUAUCACAGAAGUUACAUAAUUCAAAAAUCUGCUUUUCCCCAGAAAAAUCUACAAACCUUAUAAAAUACAAAUUUAACCAUAAUGUGGUUAUGGCCCAUGGUUUUUUACAUGGUGUUUAUCCCAUAACUAACUCAGCCUGUGAAGAUAUGUCCAGUGCCCAUGGUAGUGGUUGUGCUGGUAGAGCCUCUGCACCCAGUUUGUUUUGCAGAGCCCUCACUGCCCCAUCUCCCUGCACCACCAUGGGCCCUGCCCAGCCAGCUGCCACAGCUCCUGCUCACCUUCUGAUUGUUGCAAAAAUAAGUUUAGAGCAUUCCCAAGUGUAACAACUUCCUCUGAGGUUAUCUGGCUCAUACUAUAAAAAUUAAGAGAACUGAGCUACACUUGACAAUGGAGGGUUAUACCUGUGUGUCAGAAAUGGAAGGGAAUACAUCCUGUAACCAAUAAUGGUACUUCCUGAAAGUCAGUGUGAUGAAGAAUGCAGGAAGCUUUUGCAUCAAUACAAGUCCCACUUAGAAAGUUACUGUAAUUAAGCUUUUAUUUAAAAUAUAAAAUGCUGACUGGAGCCCUGCACAAUAGGGUUACUAUCCAUGUUUCCAAGAUUAAGACACAACAAUUAGAGUUGACAUAAAUAUGCCAUUGGUUGUUCUUAAUACAGCUAUUCAGAGAAAAUGUGCAAGUCAGUCUCAAACACUGCAAAAAUCACUUACACUUCACCAGAACAGGACCAAUCCAGAACACCAUCAUAAGAAUUUGACCACUGCACUCUUAUAAAAAUGACCAGAAAGAUUGUACAAAAUCCUCGGCUUGCAAUAUAAACUUCAUUAGGAAUACAAGUGCAUUCACAAUGAUACACUGACUUACUUGUGUCAUGACAACUUAGAUACCACAGUGGCAGGGAAAAAAAUGUCAACUUAGUGCUUACUUAAAACAAAAAGCCUUGGGGACUAAUUACCUGGCAAGAAUUUCUGCAUUAUAGAGCAAGAGAAA